GGAAGAUACACCGUGCAGUAUACGACCUACAACAAGUCUCUUAAUUAGAGAUGAUUCUUUAAAUUGCGACAACGUAUACACUCUCCAGAACUGAAUCAUUAACAAUUUGUUCCUUUGAAAGCAGCAUUCAUCUGAAAUGGCGCUGGGAGUUACGAGGAGUUUGUUGGCGGAUGGAGCAAUGUUGAGAAGGAUGAUGUGGAUUUUGAUGGCACUGGUGACUUUUUGUAUGUCUCUCACAUCAGCUGACACUGAGCCACAGUGUGCAUUCCCAAAUCAUAAAACGCCGCCUAAUCUCAGUAAUAUUAAACCAUUAAUGGGCCAGAGGUUUAGGGUGGAGGAUGAAAACAAGGAAUAUACUUAUGAUAUAGGUAUAUGUACCACAGCUGUUGCCGACAAGGACUUCUCAGAAGCAGGCAUAUUGCAAACGGAAACCGCAACUCACAAAAUUCAUAUCAUCGGGAAGUUCAAGUCUUCAGAGGUCAGGAUAGGAACUGACUGGGCCAUGCUUGAGUACAGACAUGGAGAUCAAUACAAGCACCAUUGUAAAAAUGGUUCUGAGAGAGUAGCAGUGAUAAUGAUUACAUGUGAUCCCAGGGUCCAAGCUAUAAGUGAUGUGAAGCCAGUACUGUUAGCAGAGGAAAACAGCAAGAACGCUGAGUGUUACUAUCUGUUUGAGAUGAGUCACUCUUGUGUUUGUACAGAUAUUGCUAAGCCUCUAAUGUCCUUUAGCCUCAGUAUUGGAUCCAUCGUUGUCAUUGUCUUUAUGACUCUCUGCGGAGUAUAUUUACUGGGAGGUGUGCUCUAUAACCGGUUUGUGCUCGGGGCAAAAGGCAUGGAACAAAUCCCAAAUUACAGCUUCUGGCUCGAUUUUGGUAACCUCCAAGCGGAUGGUUGUAAUUUGGUGUGCAGGACGCGCUCAGUAUCACGUUCGUACAAGGGCAUCGGCGAUGACCAGUUAGCUGAGACAGAGGAUGACAGAGAUGAUCAUUUGUUGCCCAUGUGAUAGGAAGAUUUCUUUCCUCUCAAAAAGCAAAAAAAAAAAAUCAACAAUAAGAAAAAAUGAAAGAACUAAAAGCAAAAAGAAGUUAGAUUGUGUUUGGAGUUGUGACAAUAGAGAGUCUGUGAAAGCCGUGUGAAGAGUGCCGAGUGAUUUAAUUGCUUUACGACCACUGGACAAAUCUUUUGGUGCUUAAAGGUCGAUCUCCUGGUUUCUCUCUGUAGUUAUUUAUCAUCUGCGUGAGUUGUUGAAAAUUAUGAAAAGCAAACAAAAGUUUCUGCUUCAAUUUUUCUUUCCAAUUUCCAAAUUUACAUCAAAUCCUGGUAUGUGUUUCCCAUGGUUUUGUUUUGGUUUAAGGUAUGCCUUCAAAAGCACAUCUGGAAAUGUGAGGAUGUAAAUAUGCAGAAUUUCUGCUUCCUUCAAAACUGAAGACAAAAGAUAUUUAUAUGUAAAUGUUAAGACUUGUUGCUUUAGGGCAAAUGCAUAAUUAGUGAUUAUGGUGUAGCUGUUUCUGUGUUUUUUUAAAUAGAUUUAUUUGGGUGUUAACAAAAAUAUGUAAGAGGGUGUCCAAACAGCCCUUUUUGAUACCAUUUUGUUUGAGCAGGGCGUCCAGAUGUCAUGUAUGCCUUCCUUUCACAAGAUAAAAGUACACAAGAAAACAAUUUUCCUAAAGGCCUCAGUGAUUAGCACACAAAUUAAGUAGCUUACAGUAGUGACAUCAACAUUGAUAGCUGUCAAUACAACUUUGUUACAGGGAAAGCCUGAAUUAGGGGUGCCGUUAAAGCUAGCACAGCGUUCCCAUUAUGUUCAUCAAUGACAUUUCUGAAUAUGCUCUACCUUUGACGGGAUAUAUGCAUAAAAAAGAGUGGUUAUAAAGAAAAGAUAAAGAAUGCCUCAUAAAUGAAGUAUUUUUUUUUUUGUUGUUAUUUUUUGGGCAUGUCUUUCUUCAUUUUGUUUAAAACCAUACUCUUUGUUUUAUAUUACCUUUGCAUUUAUGUAUUAGGUGACGUGCAUGUAUGUAUUUAGCGAUUUGUAUGUAUUACAUGACUUGCAUGUAUUAAAUGAUGUAUGUAUUACAUGACUGGCAUGUAUUGUAUGACUUGCAUAGAUUAAUUGAUGUAUGUAUUACAUGACUUGUAUGUAUUACAUGACUUGCAUGUAUUACAUGUAAGUGACUUGGGAAGAAGAUGGGUGUAAUUAUCAGGGUUUGAUGAAUUCAGUCAUAUUUGUCCUUAAGGAAGAAAAUUGUGGGAUCAUUCAUGCUUUCAUGCUUGUUUCAUUUAGCGUUUUGAAAAAAAAAAAAAAAAGAACAUGCAAAUUUUUUGUAACCAUAUUCAUGCAGUUUUGUAGGUUUUUAAGUUGUCUUGGACACUGUCAGGUGGUAGAUCUAUAAACACUGGUUAUAUGGCACCUUGACAUUGUGAAGGUACUGUGAGGAGACAAGUAGACUGACCUCAGCAUGCAGAGGACAUAAAGCCUAUAGGGGGUUUGGGCACCGGCAUUGCCUUCAUCAAUUGGUGGGCAAAGUUCAGAUUUAUGAUUCACAACAGUGUCCUUUAUGGAGCAUACAUGGUUCAAAUUACAUUCAUAUUUGGUAGUUUAUGUUACAUGGAAGAUUUUGGCUUUUUUGUUGUUUUUUUUUUUUUAUUUAAUAUUUGGGUAACUACAUAUACUAAUUAAAGAAAUAUAUGUACAUUUCAUUUUGUAUUCAUUUUAAAAGCACAUGGUUUACUGGUAUAUGCCUAUGUACUGGUAGAGUGCAUGUUUCAUAACAGUGAUUAAAUGAUUCUGGAGUGGUUAUCGCUGUUGUUUAAAGAAGUUUAACGCUGUAAUUUGUAGAAACUCUUGCAUGAUUUUUGAGCUUUUGUGUUCUGAUCAUAGAGUGAUGUCCCUUGUGGCUCACACUGACCUCUUCAUGACCUGUUAAUAAGUGUAAUAAUGCGUCUUGACUAACAAUAAACAUCUUAGAUUGUUUGCUGAAAGUAUUGGAGGAAUUUUGCUUAAAUCUUUAGUUGGAGAUAAAUAAUGCAGUUGACUUCUGACAUAUAAGGAUGACUUGCUUGGUUGUUACAUGUACAUAUAUACGUAUAUUUACUGCUGUUAGCUAAUGAGAUUUUAUUGCACGUGCCAUUUCAGGCCAUUGGUCCAUUUUAGGGGAGAUCAGUCAUCUCGAGGCAUAAAAUGUUUACGAGACAAAAUUCUUGACAGCAUUUGCACAUUCCAGCAUCCGUUUUUUGUUUGUUAUCCAUAUGAAUGAAAUGCUGGUCAUAUAGUCUAUUAAGCUGAACGGAUUUCAAGCCUGACAUAAUCUUGUUUAUAAUCAUGCUAAAAAAAAUCUGAUUCAUACUAUACUUUCUAUGAUAUGAUCAGUCUUUUUAUCAUAUAAUGUUAUAUGGUUAACAAAACAUAAGGAGAACAUGCCAAGCCUGAAGAGAGUGUUGGUUCAGUCUUUAUGACACGUAAGAUGCUGGUUCAAACCCGGCCUUGGACAAGGAAUUUGUAGAGUCCCUCGCACUCACUGCUUCUCGGGCCUUGCUGAAAGUAGGCAUUUGAUGACGACUGUGUGGCCGCUUGCACUUAAUCUUAUGAUCAUUGCAUACCACUUGUCUUUUUGUCCUUGCGAAAAGUUGGUCAGUAACUUGCCAAAGGUCAGUAGUUUUUUGCCACACAUAAAACUGACCACUAUCACAUAAAUGAACAAUUAUUGAGUAUGGCUUGGAGCAAGAGUUAAAUAAAUAAAUAUAUUGUGAGGUGCUUGUUACAUGAACCCAAGGUGUCUUAAAAUAUUUUAUUUCUAGACAACACAAUAACAUUCUGUGCUUCUUCACCAGUGCUACUAUAAAUUGCUGAUGGCAAAGUCAGUUUUAUUAAGGUGACCAAGCUGGUUAAUAUCACAGUUUUGAGUAGAAUUUUGAAGAACAGUUAUAGAAAGCAAGAAAUCUUUAUCUGGAUCUGCUUUAAUUCUGCCGAAAAGCCAAAGCCAUUGUUUAAUACCUCUUCUGAUACAUGUAACAACCUACAUGUCAGUCAGUUCAAGCGUCUUGACUUACUGAUGUGUGUACCUCAGAUAAGAAGGUA